UUAAAUCCCAGACAUCGAUCAGAUCUGACAUCGAUGUGUAUGUCUGGAGAUUAAAAAGAAUAACAAAAUUUUCUAAACACAAUUAUUAUUUAUAAAGAGAUAAAAAUUAGUUUUUGAAUUUAGAAAAUAAAAAAUAAUGGUUAUAACUGAUAAACAUCAUCUUCCAACGGAAGAGGAAUUAACCGUUGAAGAAGUUAAAUUAAGUUUUCCGACUCUUCAAGCAGGAGCUUUUCAUCUCGGAAAAUAUUGUCAGCCACAAAAUAAUGAAUUUAUGUUAUGUCGUGCAGAGUAUCCAAACGAUUGCCGACAAUGUAUAGAUUAUGGCAAGGAGGUUACUUCUUGUACAUUAGAAUUUUUUAGGAAAUUAAAGAAGACAUGCUUAAAUGAAUUUACAACGUAUGUGAGAUGUAUUGAAAGAUCCAGUGGGGAUUAUCAAUUUCAUCCAUGUCGUAGAACACAAAAGGUGUUGGACAAAUGUGUGUUGGCUAAUUUUAAUAUCGAGCGUCCAAACAUUGAAUACUAUUCGGCGCCAAAAAUUGUGGACACAAAGAGACCACCGCCACCAAAGGACCCAAAACUCAAAUUUCCAGACGCAACUCCCGGUUUAUCGGAAGACGCACCACUACCAGAAUCAUCAUACCCGUAUCGUGAAGUCUUCGCUUAAGAAAAAAGAAACGAUAA